CGAAGUCACUGUAUGUAAACAAGGUCAAGCAUUCACUGCAGUAUUCGCUCCACUGACUCGUUAGACGUCUUUUCUCUUGACAACGAUUCACCCAGCGGUACAGCACACCUCUUACAGGAGCUGUUGUCAUUUCCUGUCUUGAAGGAUAUCCGUGGGCACCCGUCGAGAUGAUGCAGUGUCUGCAGUUUCUGGUUGAACCAACUAAGAAUUUCACUGCCAAGUUUAAGGAGUUUCACGAGAAAUCGAAAAAUGAGAAGAGAGAACCUCUGGAUGAGAGUCAGCAGUUCAUUGUGAACCUCGCUAAAGAUCUGAGACGAGUCUGUCAGAGGUCAGAGGUGUUGGAGCACAUCUCCAGCAGUGAGGAUGUUUGGCCCACGCUCACCUGCCGGGCCUUCAUACUGGAGUGGGCGUCCAUGCUGGAGAGUAAGAAGAGGCCAAUGCAGAAGGAUGAGUGGCCAGAGAGAAGUGAGUGGAAGGAUCUGGCCCUGAACAAUGACCUGGAUAUGGAGAGUGCAAAGACAGUUAUUCUCACCUGGAUCAAAGACCUGAGGGCCCAACCCGAGCAAAGUGUCUGGCCUGGAGAGCGGGUGGUGGUGGUUUUAGAUGACUUUGAUAAGCACUGGAGAAAAGGCCAGAUGGCCACAUUGCAGUCAGCUAUGGAGCUGGUGUUCUGGACCCUACUCAACAAAGAAUUAAACAAGGAGAACAUUCCUCAAAAGUGGCUUAUGUGGAAACAGAGGAGCCAAAAAAUAGGUGCCAUCCCAUAUAUUCCUCAAACAGUAUGGGACUGGAUCUGUGAUGCCGGAGUGGAGGUGACACUUGACCUGGACACUGCCAACCCUGACCUGCUGAUCUCUGAGAAUGAGAAGCGCAUGCGCUGUGGUUUUGAGCGCAAAGACGUGCCCAACUACCACCAGCGUUUCGACGGCUGGUGGUGUGCGGUCGGAACUGAAGGCUUCAGCAGUGGUCGCCACUACUGGAAAGUUGACCUUGGAGAAAUGGACUGGCGAAUCGGUGUGGCCAAAGAGUCGGCUUUGCGUAAGGGCUUCAAGUCCCUCAACGUCGACACUGGUUACCUGACUCUGCGUUUGGAGCGCGGUACGGAGCUGAAGGCCCUCACUGUGCCAUUCACUGCCCUCCCCACCACCUCCAUUCCCUGUAAGGUCGGCAUCUACCUGGAUUUUGAUGAGGGCCAGCUGUCCUUCUACGAUGCAGAGAGCCGCUCCCACAUCUACACCUACAAUGAGACAUUUGGCGAAAAGCUCUUCCCGCUGUUCGGAACGGUGGAGAUUGUGAAAGACCUGGUGAUCAGGUCGCCCGAAAACAGGAGCCACUGCAUGUGUCCCAGCAUGUGCCUGUGGGGUUGAGACCCUUAAUUGAACAGAGCCCAGUGCUUAGUCUCUAGACCAGUGGUUAUCAGUUGGUGGGCCGACAUCCAAAAAUUGGUUGCAGGUCUGUUCUGACUGGACAGCAAGGACAAAACAAUGCUAAAUGCAAAUAAUAAAAUGCACCUAACAAUAUAGUCAUUUAUAAAUUGAAUAGUUUCCUACUGAAUGCUGAUUGGUCAACUUGGCUGGGUCUAAGGGGUGGGCUGGGGGGGCAUCGUUCCGCUUGAUUUGCCUUGAGCCCCCCAGAAACUUUUGAUGCCUCCACCUUGACUGACAGUGAAACCAUAAAAGGGCACUCUGCCCCCUGGACUGACAACAUUGCUACCCCUAAACAUAAAAAUGCCCCACCAAAGAUUGCAUCCUAGUACUGGCCCUGUUGGUCAAUAUAGCAUUCCAGCCUUGAUAAAAUCCUAGAAAUAGUAAAAAACUAUGAUGAGGAACACCUGUUCAUCAUAUCGAGACUAUUGAGAGACUUUUGUUGUUUCUCAAUGUGCAGUCUUACAGUAUUAUGUUAUUAUGUUCUUUUGGAUUUAUUCGACAUCAUCCACCACUAGAGAAAAAAGGUUGUUGAAUCGCAUACAUAUCGCAGUACGUCUCAAUACUCUCAAAGAUACGUUAGACAGAGACAGAUUAGACAGAUGUCAACGUGAACAUGUUGCGAGACAUGCCCUCAUCCUUCGAAAAUUAUAAACAAACCUACGCAAGGUGGGAAAAAAGCUAUGACAGUCAGUUUUCCCCAUCAGCUUAUGCCACGUUAAUAAUUUAGCAUAUUGUUGGGCCUAUGCAGUUCUUGGUAAUAUAAAUACAUUCUAAAGUUAUAUGUUAUGGACAUUUGUAUUUACUUUGGUAUGAUACAAAUGUUCGGUACUGUGUUGGGUGCACAGUAAAAUCUGAAACAGUAGGUUGACUUUUCUUUGGACUUUCUUUAGAGGCAAAAAUACAACCACGAAUCGCGCUUGUCGCGAUUAUGCGAACGUAAUUACUUCCUGUUUUCAACGCGGGAUGUGAGCCUGGGUCUCUGAUGCUGAUGAUGAAACUCGCUACCAGUUGCGCCACAAAGGAAGGUAAUUAAGCUUGAGCCAAUGCAAAAAUAUCUGAUAGGGAAUGACACUUGUCAUUGAGUCGGCAUAAUGUGUCUGAUCCUAAGGUACUGGAACUCUCUGAAACAACAUGCUGACCUUGCAUGUGAUGAUGUUGCUUGAUGUCCAAUUUAAGAUCUGGGUCCUUAGGCAAACCCAAUUGAGAACCACUGGCCUAGACCUCUCAUUGGCAUUAGAUAGACCACUGGGCCAUGUUAGCUGGUCACUUCUGAGUGAUUGACAGUGAUCCAUAUUGCAGUAUAGACCAUUAAUUCCAUCAGAGUAGUGUACAAUCUAUUUCAGCUACUGCUUCUGUGGUACUUCUGAACAUACAAUUGUCUGCACCUUAUUACAAUGUGUUCACCUGCCCUGUCUGCACUUUCAUAUUUAUUUGACAAACUCAAAAUCAUGACGUGAAAAUGCACUUUAUGUCAAUAAUAAAUAAAAAAAAAUGU